AUGAUUCGGUUCGAACUUUUGGCUGCUCUUUGUUCGUUCUAUCAAGGGACAGUUAAUCAAACCGUCGCUGAUCUUGGUAUGAAUCAGUUCGUUACCAUUCAACUCCUUACAGAAGAUGAAGUUCGAUCACAAGUCAAUGAAAUGGUUACACUUACUCAAAAUAACUUGCAUGUUCAACUGGCUUCGGCUCUGACUUUUCUUCGAACGACAACUGAAUCAAAUACUUUAUUUUCGGCUUCUCUCGAUACAUAUCAAGUUCAAGUCCGAGCAGCCACAGUUAAUUUUUAUGGGCCAACUGCUGGUAGACCCUGGUCUCAAACUAAGUGUACUCUAGAAAAGACGGGGGUCAUGGCAGCUAUCUUAUACCCUUUUCCAGCCGCUGAUAUUGAUAUCGAUCAUCUAGGCCGAUACAAUUUUGACUAUUUUUAUGCUAUCAAUGGUCCAUUUGGUAGCUAUAUUACUGUCAACGGAUUCACUGGAGGACUUUUACCAAUGGAGAGCCUUCUUAUUAGUACACUCGAUUGUUUAUACGAUGUCGAAUGUCUUCAACUAUUUGUAAAAAGCUUCCCAGCUUUGAAUAAAGUUUGUAUGAUACAGUAUUAUUCACCUUAA